GUAGGACUGCGGAAAAGCCAUGCUAACCAUAAGGAAGAGGGGACCUGUUUUAUAGGGAAUAAGAGACCGUUAACACAGAACCACUCCCAGACUAAGUGCCUUCAAAGUGUCCUGAAGGAAGUGGAACUUAUGCGGAGCUCCAGGGAUGGGCAAAUUGAAGAAGCAAUUAGGUUCAAUCAAGAGUUGGAAAGAGAGCUGAAGAGCUCUCAGGAAGCUCUGGUCAGUCUGGAAGACUGCAACCGUAACCUGAAGAGGGAACAAGCAGAAAUGAGGAAGAAGGUUGAAGAGGCGAGACACGCUGUCCUUAGCAGUCUUGGCAAAGUGAAAGAGCUAGAAGUGAAAGCUAACAAAGUGCCACAUCUGCAAAUAUACAUUCAGCAGCUAGAAUCGGAACUGCAGCGCUAUAGGUCGGAAAUUGUGAGAUUUCAGCUUCCCUCAAGCAGCAGCCCAGAGCAGAAAGAGGGAGCAGCCUUACCAGAUGGAAGAUACUGCCUGUCUGUUGUGCAACAAGAUCGACGAUCUCCCACUGGCGGAGCUGGGAUUUCUGAGAACGAGGAUCAGCUGUUCCGCUCUGUGGAGGGCCAGGCUGCCUCUGAUGAAGAGGAGGAGAAGUGGGCAGGAGACCAGCCAUCCCAGAUGGAACAAAUGAAGAAAAUACUGGCCAAGCUCCCUUGCUGUGGUAGCGGAUGUGAUGAAAAAAUGUGGAAAAAGCUAAUGUCUUGCUUGGAGACCACCAAUACCGACAGCCAUGAAACAGCCCCUGCGGAGCUCACAGAGAGAAUCACACAGCUAACUGGACAGCUUGAGCUUAAAGGGCAUGAAGUGAAAAAACUGGAAACAAAUAUGGAAGAGAUGAAAGGCCCAUUGCUAGGUGAACUGCAGCAAAAGGUGGAGGAGACCGAAUUGUUGAAGAUGGAGCUGCAGAUGUUGGAGACGGAGAGAGUUAGGCUGUCACUGGUGGAAGAAAAGCUCAUGGAUGUUUUACAGCUUCUUCAACAACUUCGAGACUUGCACAUAUCUAAGCGAGCCUUGGGGAAAAUCUUGCUGAGCACUUUGGAAUCCUGCCGUGAUCCCCAACCUGGAAAAGCCCACCUAUUUGAAGUCCUAGAUACUCUCUACCACGAGCUGACAGCCUAUGAACUCUUACAAAGCCAGCCUCUGGAGAAGGCGCAGAAUCGCCAGUCCUUGUCUAACCCACUGGUCAUCUCGUGCUGA